UCUUCUCACAGAUUACGAUCUUUGGUAAAACAGCUGGAGAGAGGAGAAGCUUCUGUUGUUGAUUUAAAAAAGAACUUGGAAUAUGCAGCUACUGUGCUGGAAUCCGUAUACAUUGAUGAAACUAGGCGCCUGUUGGACACAGAAGAUGAGCUCAGUGAUAUCCAGUCUGAUUCUGUGCCUUCAGAGGUACGGGAUUGGCUGGCUUCUACCUUCACCCGACAGAUGGGGAUGAUGCUCAGAAGAACUGAGGAAAAGCCACGGUUCAGAAGCAUUGUCCAUGCAGUUCAGGCCGGAAUAUUUGUGGAGAGAAUGUACAGGCGUACAUCCAAUAUGGUUGGACUUAGCUACCCCCCAGCUGUAAUUGCAGUGCUAAAGAAUGUAGACAAGUGGUCAUUUGAUGUAUUUGCAUUAAAUGAUGCCAGUGGGGAUCAUGCACUGAAAUUUAUUUUCUAUGAACUGCUCACACGCUAUGAUUUGAUCAGCCGUUUCAAGAUUCCAAUUUCUGCUCUUGUCUCCUUUGUGGAAGCUCUGGAAGUUGGCUAUAGCAAGUAUAAAAAUCCGUACCACAAUCUAAUGCAUGCAGCAGACGUCACACAGACUGUUCAUUACCUCCUUUUUAAGACAGGUGUUGCGCACUGGCUGACAGAAUUGGAGAUCUUUGCUAUGAUUUUUGCAGCUGCUAUUCAUGACUAUGAGCACACUGGAACUACUAACAACUUCCAUAUUCAAACACGGUCAGAUACAGCCAUUCUGUACAAUGAUCGGUCUGUGCUAGAAAAUCAUCACCUGAGUGCAGCAUUUCGUCUUUUGCAAGAUGAUGAGGAGAUGAACAUUUUGUCUAACCUCUCCAAAGAUGAUUGGAGAGAAUUCAGGACUCUAGUGGUUGAGAUGGUGCUGGCUACAGAUAUGUCCUGUCAUUUCCAGCAAAUCAAAGCCAUGAAGAAUGCAUUGCAGCAGCCAGAAGGAAUUGACAAACCAAAAGCCUUAUCUCUGAUGUUGCAUACAGCUGACAUCAGUCAUCCUGCCAAGGCAUGGAACCUCCAUCAUCGCUGGACCAUGUCACUGUUAGAAGAGUUUUUCAGACAGGGCGACAAAGAAGCAGAACUAGGCCUUCCUUUUUCCCCUUUGUGUGAUCGUAAAUCCACUAUGGUCCCUCAAUCUCAAAUAGGAUUUAUUGAUUUUAUUGUGGAGCCCACUUUCACUGUGCUGACUGAUAUGACAGAGAAGAUUGUAACACCUCUCAUUGAGGAAGCCUCCAACUCUGGUAUGACAGGGUUUAGGCGAUCCAGUCUGAAUAGCCUUAGCCCCUCAGAAGUCAAAAGAUCAAGUGUCAAGAGCACUGGGUCAGAAGGAAGUGCCUCACUCAACUGUUCCAUCCUCACUGUGGACUUCAAAUGUUUUAAAGCCACCUGGACAGAAGUGGUGCAACAAAACCGAGAGAAGUGGAAAGCCCAAGCAACCAAAGAAGAAAAAACAAAGAAAGAAGCAGAGGAGAAUUCUCAACAGGGUACAGAUGACAAGAAAACAGAAGAAAAUGAAGGGAAAAAGACAGCUGAGGAUAAUAUUACCACGAAGUCAGAGAAGACUAAACAAGGGAAUAAAGAAGGGAACUCAGGAGACAGUAAGAGCACUGAAGCCAAUAAAAGCAACAUAAACGGGACUUGCCCAACUGGCAGUAGCAAACAUGGAGCUUCUCAAGGAAAAAAUGUAACGGAGGUGGAAAAGGGGGCAGAGUCAAAACCAAUAGGAGGAGAGUCAAAACAGCAUGUACAGAAUGGUGAAUUAAAGGAUGAUAGUAAGAAGUCAGAGAAGAAGGAUCAGGGAAAUGAGUUGAAAGAGGGUUCAAAACAAGUAAUGAAACCAGGAUCUCUUCCUGAUUCCACAGAUCGGCUGACUUUGCCAGUCAUCAAACCUCCAAUACAUCUGUCCAAGAAGUCUAAUUUUGCCUCUGCAAGUACUACCUUCCCACCUUUUCACAAGAAAACUGAGGACUACUUGGUGAAAUAUAAACUGCUUGACCAGAGGGGCAGAAUGAAGAAGAUUCAGCAUAUCUCCCAGCACUGGAAUAGGAAAUAGGCCAGGUCUCCACUUAUUCAUGGAGGACACUUUGAAAGCUAUACAAAUUGUUCAACCAACAAGCAAGUAUGCAACUGAACAAAUAUAAUGGAAACAUUCUCCUUAGACGCAUUCUCCGUGAUUCAUCAAAGAUGCUCCAGAUGCAGCAGCAGAAAAUGCUUUCCACUGUCUAUACUUUUUUUUUUCUUCCUAGCAUUUUUCCCGCAUGUGCAGGGUCUGCUCUUUUUUUUCCGGAUUAACCAAAUGUGGAUCCGUUGGUUGCGACAGGGAUUGACCAACCAGCUUGUCACCUGAGCCUGACGCUGGGGACUGAGAGAGAGUGACUGGCCCAAAGUCGCC